CUAUCAUUGAAGAAAACGCUAUCGUUUUCAGAUGAGUAAACGUAAAUUAAUUAAUACGGACGAAAAUCCGAAUCACGACUUCUGUGAAGUUCUGAACGAACUUUCGGUUUUUGAGCGGACAGUCGAAAACAAUACUUUCAAAGCAAAUGCUUACAAGAAAGCAGCGAGUGCUAUUUCUAAGCACCCAACGAAGCUGACAAACAUGCAAGAAGCCAUGCAAAUUCCAGGUGUUGGUAAACAAAUCGGACUGAAACUUGAAGAGUUUCUGAAAACUGGAACUCUUGAAAAACUGAACAAAAUCAAGAAAGAUGACAACGCAGCUGCUAUUACUGAGUUAACUCGAGUUUCAGGAAUCGGACCAACAAAUGCGAGAAAACUAGUUACUGAAAAUAAUAUAAAAACACUCGAGGAUCUGAAAAAGAAUGCUCAUUUGCUGAAUCAUCAUCAAAAAAUUGGACUUGAAUAUUUGGACGAGUUUGAAGAAAGAAUUCCGCGCUCCGAAAUGUUAAAGUGGAAUGAUAAACUGCUCAAAUAUAUUUUGAAAGUCGAUAUUAAAUUUUCGGCGGAACUUUGCGGUAGUUUUAGACGCGGCGCUGAAACGUGUGGAGAUAUCGAUAUUUUGGUCACACAUCCUUUAAGCACUGCAGGUUCGCCUUCAAAGAAAAGCGAUCCUUUUUUAAAUCAAAUAGUCGAACAAUUAAAAAACGACGGGUUCAUAACAGAUGUUCUGGCAUUGGGUGGUUCAAAACUUGCGGCUGUGUGUAAGUUGCCAGAUGAAAAUGGUGAAGUGUUCAAGCAUCGAAGGCUGGAUAUCAGGGUGCUCCCUAAAGGCCAGUACUACUUUGCUCUUCUGUAUUUCACUGGAAGUGACCUGUUUAAUAAGACUAUGAGAGCACACGCACUGGAGCAGGGCUUUACUCUGAACGAGUAUUCGAUAAGGCCCAUAGGAAGCACAGGAGUUGCGGGAGAACCGAUUCCUGUCACUAGUGAACAGGAAAUAUUUGAGAUUAUAAAUUAUCCAUUCAAAUCUCCAAAGGAACGCGCGGCUUAGUUUAGAACCGCUGUGUUCUAAAUUGAAAAGAGUCAUAUUUUGUUUAGUUAGUUGUUUAGUUUGA